AUUGACAUCCAUUUCAAUUUCAACGUUCAUCUCAACUUCCUACCAACUUCCUACAAAUUAUCUCUCACCAUCACAAUGUCUUCAUCCAACGAUGAGCCCGGAAACCAGCCUAGCGGUGUUCUCGCCAAGGGCCUCGAUCCCGUGGGCGGCGUGCUCGAGAAAGGCUUGUCGCCCGUUGGCGCCGUUGUGGGCGGUGUCACCAAACCCUUGACGGGUAUCGUCGGUGGCGUCACUAAACCGGUGCUGGGCCCUGUGGCGGGCGAGAAGGAGGAGCGUUCUGAUAUCGUUGGCGGUGACAAGAAGGCCGAGGACUUUGGGAACAAGGAGGACAAGGAGCCUUUUGGAGGGAAGGAGCAGACCGGACAGAACCCGCUGGGACUUUAAGAUGAUGAGUUUAUGAGUUUAUGUGUAUGAAUAUGUAUUAAAUGUCAAAUAAUACUACCGAGCC